AAUGCCAAAUGUAGCGUUUUUAUUUAUUUAUUUAUUUAUUUAGAUUUUUUUUUCUCUUCAAUUGACGGCGGGUGGAAGUCAAUGGCGUUUAGGCGAUUCUCUUGGGUUUUCAUCGAGCAUUUGGUAUGACGCCUGGCCAUUUCACAAUGGCGGCGGUGGUGACGUGGCAACGGACAACGCCCUGAGAACUCUGUAGUCUCUCUGGUGUACUCAUAAAUUAUUUGAAUCUCUUUAUUUUUUUUUUCCCCCUUAUCGGAACGGUCUCUGAGGGUGAGAUUGUCACGAUAACUCGGUAAUUCCAAUGUCGCAGAUAUUCACGAAUAAUUUAUUGGUUGUACUGCGCAGUUGCUAGUUGCGGUAUAUCGCAAAAGUGGUAUACGUCACGGCGUGAUUACAGACAGUGAGAUCCUCUAACCGUGUCCCCUGCGACAACGUCCGUGGGCCAAUUGCCAACGGUUUUCCCCCAGAACACCCAAAUAACGGUACGAUAAUUAAUCCCGUUACAAUAAAAAUUAAACAAUCAGAGACCAACGAACGAGUGAGUGCACAAAUAACCGGAUAAACCAAAUAUUUCGUGUUUAAUGUACCACAUCGAGUGUUUAACGUGUGUUACAACCGGUAUUAUCACUUGUUUCGUACUCCACUUUCUCCCGUAAUAAGUAGAAAGGAGCAUAGAAGAAAGAGAAAAAAUGAAUUUCUCGCCUUUCCAAGGCUUCACCACAGGUUCCCUGCCAACGGGGACAGUGCACCCAUUUGCCACAGCAAAGUUUGCCCAGAAUUUGACCACAGGGGGUCAAGUUGUUGGGGUGCUGUCGGGUGGUGAAGGGGGUGUUCACUAUCUGAGGCCAGUCGAUCCUAAUGGAUUUGCGGUGGCAACCCAGGGUGGCAACAAUCAGCAGCAACAAAUCAUAACUUUACCAAUAACAGUGCCUGGGAAAGAUGGUACACAGCAACAGCAAACCGUCCAGAUACAGGUGGUCAAUCCAGCUGUAUCACAGAGUGGCAACAGUGGGGAUCAGCCCAAGUAUCAUCUAGCCCCGAUAUCGCUGGGACAAUUUCCCCAGGGUGCUGCCACAGUACUGACGGUUGCCUAUAGCCAACAGGGGGCUGAUGGGGUACAGAUACAGGUGCAACCACAGAAUACUGUUGCCACUACGCAAACGUCGGAGCAAACAACGCAGAGUACAUCAACAGCAGUGACGAGUACAGCCCAGCAAACAAUUCCCCAAACAGUCCAGUUGCCGGGUGCCCCAGAAGGUUUGACAGUUGUGGCGCAGAUUCCUCAGGAGUUGAUCCUACGCGAGGGUAUGGAGGACUCGAAAGAGGACAUAAAAGAAGGUACAACGCCAGUGGCUUUGAUAAAACGAGGUACCGUGAAGAGUCAGGGUGCCCAGAGCAGCGAAGAAUUUAUAACGUCAAUGCCAGCUACCUGGCAGAGUCUGGCAGCCCCUGGUUCAACAGUCGCUGACUAUCUCGCUCGAAUUCCCGCCAAUACUCUACCCCUCUCCCUCCAUCACUUCCUAAAGUUCUCAGCUGAAACAAUAAAACGAGAAUCAACGAUAGAGUCGAGUCCUCUGGGUGCAGAUGGUAUCGAUGCCUCUGCCAGUACAGCAUCAGAGCAGACAGUCCAGAUAACAGUUGGUAGUGGUGAAACAGAGAUAAUACCAGACGUACCUGAGGAGCAGGAGCCAGGUACAAAGCCCAAGAGAAAAAAGAAAUACAAGAAGAAACCACCAAAACCCAAGAAGCCCAAGCCAGGACAGGUAUCGAUAGUAACAGCCCUAGAUGGUACAACUCUAUUCUGCUGUCCCCAGUGCAACAUGGCAUACCCUGAGAAAGAGCUCCUAGAGCAGCACCUCAUUGGCCACAAGAUCGAGCGAAGAUUCAUCUGCGAUAUCUGCGGUGCGGGAUUGAAGCGAAAAGAGCACCUGGAGAGGCACAAGCUGGGGCACAAUCCAGACAGGCCAUUCAUCUGUUCAGUCUGUAUGAAGGGCUUCAAGAGAAAAGAACACUUGAAUCUGCACUUUGUCAUUCACUCGGGUCAGAAGACAGAGGUGUGCACCGAGUGUGGCAAGGCAUUUUAUCGAAAGGAUCAUCUGCGUAAACACGCAAGAUCGCAUCUUGCUAAACGAGCUAAAGAGGAUCCACUGGCUGCAGUGGACUCCCAGACCCAGGGACAGCAGACAGAUGGCUCGCAAGGACAGAGUCAGGAGAUGCAGCAGAAUUCAGUGCCUGAGCUGCAGCAGAUUCAGAUUCAGGUGGGACAGGGCUCGCAGGCGCAAAUUCAUCAGAUUGCUGUUACCGAACAGUCGACCGUUGUACUUCCCACUGCUGCUGAGACUGGGGCAAUGGCUAUGCUCCAUCAACAGCAGCAUUAGCGGCAAUCCACCGUUCCAGGAACGUCUGGACGGUUCUUUCGGUUUAAUCAUCAACGGGCCAAGGGGAGGACUGCGUAGGUCUCGAGUUUACUGUUUUUUUUUUCUUUUUCUCCUUUUUAGAUGACACUGAGGGGAUUUUUUCUGCCAAGGAAAUGUAUUCGAGACGACCAUCAAUGUCCAUGUAAAUCAACCUUUAAAUUUUUUGUCUCGAACGCAUUUACUUGGCAACUCGUUGGGAAUGACUUUUUUUUUUAUCAGGGAUCUGGGCAGCUCUCUCCAAUCAAUAUGUUUAUGAACAAAUUAUGUAUCGAGGAGAACUGGAGGAGUUGUUAUAUUUGGGAGGCAGUGGUGGGGCCCUUUGACAGUUGUUUGGGUAGUCUUACGAUUUUUCCAUAUCUUUAUUCGGUUGAACGGUUUUUCAUUUAUGACGCACGCGUUCUAGUGUGCGUUUUACAGACUGACGGGUGCACUUUUGGAGUUGGGCCUGCCGAGGGAUUCUGUUUACAAUUUUUUAGUUGUGGAUGGGCUCUAUUUAGAUCUUUUUUUUUGGUCGUUGGAGAGGGAACGGGGGGGACGAGUGUGUUGGGCUAUUUCCUAGAGCUUAUCGUGAGUUUGUGCAAUUACGGGUUCAACUUUUUUUUGCCACGAAUUCGUAAUUGAUCCUGCUAACAGUAAAUAUUUGGAGAUGUUGAGAGGUUGGUGUUUGUUACCGAUUUUAUAUAAUUAUUUAGCACUUCGUUAUGGAUAUCAUUUAAGGAUAAUGAUGAAUUAAUAACAGUUGAUGUCAAUUUUUGAAGUUCUUUUUACGAAUAUUUCACAGAGGUAAACAAUUGGCUUUACAUAUCUCGAAAUUCUCUCUAUAAUUAUGACUCACAGUUUAUUGUUAUUUAUUUACUUAUUGGAGCAAUCAUCAAUCAUGCCCAGUGUAAAAAAAAAAAAGCUCGGAAGGAAAAGAUAAAUCAUGCCGAUGACUGAUAAAAGAACCUCUCCAAAAUGCCAAUUUUCCUCCUUAAAAAUGACAACUUGAAAGCAUCACCAUUGACACGAUAAAACGACUACAGCCCCACCCCCAAAAGUGCACACCGUCCCAAUUCUGGAAUUGCCCGAAACCACAAGGAAACCUCAUGUUACAAAAAAUAAAAAGAAAAAAUAAUACGGCGCUGCGCGAAGCAAACAAAAGAAUUGUAUUUAUGCAUUAUAGAAACCUGAAAUCCAUCUAUCCCUUCUUUUUUAUUUAAAAAAAUAGAGAAACACUUUAAGGCAGUGGGUAUAGCUGUACGAAAUUAAAUCUAAACAAUGAAAAAUAAAAAUCAUAGUUAUUUUA